AACCAGCAUCUUCUUGAAUCAUGACUAUAAUCAUCCGAGGCCUGUUCUAACUAAUUAUGUCACUUGAUUCUUGAUGUAUGUUCAGCAUAUAACAAGAAUAAAUUUCCAACUUUUAGUAAUUUGGGUAAAUAUGUAAUUUCCACUACACCAACUACUGGAGAAGCUAGCUACAUUUGCGGUAUAAUAUUAAAAAACUUCGGUUUGGUGAAUUAUACAACUUCUUAAAAUGUCAUAUUGAUUGAUGAUAUAUAAUUACCUAAAGCCAAUAAACCAACUGUCCAAUUUAAUAAAAUUCAACCACCUUUGUUUCCCUGCUUCUCAGUACCAUUAUUGGCCUCAUAUCUCUCUGCAACUAACUGAAACCAUGAGAACUUCUCAAACUUGAAGCAUUUGUACUCUUUCACCGUUACUAAAACCCUAUAAAACCCCAUCACUUGUUUCAUAUAUCCACAAACAGUCGAUCUUGUCUCAAAAACGAAUUCGAUCGCUCAUGGCUGUUUCUUCGGGUUUCUCAAGUCUUCUGGUCGUUUUUAUCUUCUUGGCAUUAGAAGUCUUUGCUCCUAGAGCCGAAGCUGACCCACGUGCAUUUUUCGUGUUUGGAGACUCGUUAGUUGACAGCGGCAACAACAAUUACCUGGUAACAUCUGCCCGAGCUGAUGCACCUCCUUAUGGCAUUGAUCACCCUACGCAUCGAGCCACUGGACGUUUCUCUAAUGGCUACAACAUUCCCGACCUUAUCAGUAUGCGCAUAGGAUCCGAGCCAACGCUGCCAUACUUGAGUCCGGAGCUCAACGGGCAAAAGCUUCUUAUUGGUGCCAACUUUGCAUCCGCCGGGAUUGGAAUACUGAAUGACACUGGAAUCCAAUUCGUGAACAUAGUCCGAGCUCCAUUGCAACUAGAGUACUUCAAAGAAUACCAACAACGAGUUAGUGCACUUAUAGGAGCUGAAAAGACUAAGCAGCUCGUACACGAUGCGCUGGUCCUCGUGACACUUGGUGGCAAUGACUUCGUUAACAAUUAUUACUUAGUCCCGAUGUCAGCACGCUCCCGUCAAUACAGUCUCCAGAAUUACGUUCCUUUCAUCAUCUCCGAAUACAAAAAGAUUUUAAAGAGGCUCUAUGAUUUGGGUGCACGCAAGGUACUCGUGACUGGAACGGGUCCAUUGGGGUGCGUGCCGGCAGAACUGGCUCAACAUAGCAGAAAUGGUGAAUGCGCAGCUGAGCUUCAAAAGGCUUCAUCGUUGUACAACCCACAAUUAGACGAUAUGCUUACUAGUUUGAAUAAUGAACUCGGCAGUCAUGUGUUUAUCGGAGUAAACACAAAGCAGAUGCACAACGAUUUUAUGAGCAAUCCAAGAGCUUAUGGAUUUGUUACUUCAAAAAUAGCAUGUUGCGGACAAGGGCCUUACAAUGGGAUUGGACUUUGUACCCCGAUGUCGAACUUAUGUCCAAACAGGGACCAGUAUGCGUUUUGGGAUGCAUUCCAUCCAUCGGAGAAGGCAAACAGAAUUAUCGUGGAUCAGAUUAUGAUGGGAUCAACUAAGUACAUGAAUCCCAUGAACCUAAGUACCAUUUUGGCUUUAGAUUCUAAUAAAUGGUCUGUUGAACUUCAACAAAUUCUUGAUCUCCAUUACGUCGAUUUAAACGGCAGAAUCCCGAAUUCUUUUAGUGAAAGCAGGUUUCUUCAAGAACCUCAAGUCCAUUUAUAA